CACAUUGCAAUUCAAGCACGUUUCUUCUGGCCCAGUGAGGCUUCCGUCGUACAAGCAUAUGACAACAGAAGGUCAAAGAUGGCAGCCUCCGUCAAAAGGCUCGAAAAAUGUCUGUUUCCUGCAAAGUUGUUAAGAAACUUACAGCUCCGGGAUGAACGAUUCUUGUCCACAUCUGCGUGUCAUCUGGCUGCGGUUCCACCAAAAUUCACCCCUCCGACCAAGCCUGUCAUUAUUGACAAAACGCAGAAUGUGGCAGCUCUGCGGAAGUUCCUGAGCCCAGAAUUCAUCCCACCACGUCAGAGGACAAACCCGGUUAAGUUUCACAUAGAAAGGAAAGACAUGAUCCGCAGGAGAUCCGUGAUCAACCUUCCUGAAUUCUACGCGGGCAGCAUACUUGCCGUGACCAUGGCUGACCCCAAUGCCAGUGGCAAAUCAAAUCGCUUUGUUGGCAUAUGCAUCCAGAGGGGAGGCAAGGGUCUCGGAGCAACAUUUGUCCUGAGGAACAUCGUAAACAGUCAAGGUGUGGAGAUCUGCUACGAACUGUACAACCCGCGCAUUCAGGAGAUCCAGGUGCUGAAGCUGGAGAAGCGGCUGGAUGACAACCUGAUGUACCUGAGAGACGCCUUGCCCGAGUACAGCACCGUGGAUCCGGAAAUGAAGACUGUGCCCAUCUCUCCAACUGGAGAGGUGCCGGUAAACACGCUUAAAGUGAAAAUGCGCCCGAAGCCAUGGUCCAAACGCUGGGAGCGGCCCAAGUUCGACAUCCGGGGCAUCCGCUUCGACCUGUACCUGUCGCCGGACAAGAUGGAGGAAGCGCAGAAGUGGGCAAAGCCUUGGCAGGAGUACGACAUGCUGCGGGAGUACGACACCUCCGAGAUCGAGGAGCAGAUCUCCGGCGAGAUUCAGCAGGAGACUAGCAAAUUGAAAAGCACCUGAAGACUCAUAAAACUGGACUAAGAUUUUAUUUUUUUUUUUUGCUUAAAGUCUCUUCAUACUUUACAUAUUCAGAUGCUGUAUAAUAAACGCCACAAAUAGCAAAA